AUUGCAGCCCUUGAAAUAGGGGAGAGGGUUUCAGCAAAGAGCUGAGCUGGGGCGACGGUGGCCGGCGGCGAGCCAGGUCACAGAGGCGUCCUGCGCAGUCAUUGGCAGGAGCCGCGCGCCGCACUGAGCGUGAGCGCGCCCAGUCGGGCCCGGGCCGCAGCCGCAGCCGCCGCGGGAGUUGCGGCGCCUUCUGCAAAGCGGAGGCAGAUGUGAGCAAGGCCAGCCCGGCGCCUUCUCCUGCCUGCAGCUCGCCGGGCCGCCUGACUAGCCGGGAGCUUUCCUCAGGCCGGGCAAAGGGCAGCGGAGGACCAGCAUGGCCUGAGUGCCAGACGCGGCAGCGCAGCAGCGGGAUUGCGACAUGGGGAAUCAGGAGGGCAGACUGAAACGGAGCGCAGGUGAUUCCUCACACGAAGGUGGCGGCUCUGAGGAUGCUGUUGGGCCCAGAGAUGCGGAAACCACAAAGAAGGGGAUUGGGGGCAAGAAGGCGCUGGGCAAGCACAGCAAGGGGGGUGGGGGCUGCGGCGGGGAGCAGGGCAAGAAGAAGAGUAAGUCAGACUCGAGAGCUUCGGUGUUUUCCAACCUACGGAUCAGGAAAAAUCUGUCCAAAGGGAAAGGCUCCGGCGGCUCCCGUGAAGAUGUGCUGGACUCCCAGGCCCUACAGACCGGGGAGCUGGACAGCGCCCACUCCGUGGUCACCAAAACACCGGAUCUCAGCCUCUCGGAUGUCGAGUGUGUCGACCCCUUUGAGGUCACUCGUCCAGGUGGCCCUGGACUGGCCGGUGCAGGGGUCGGCAGCCAGGCGGUUGCUGAGGGCUUGGAAACGGCCGUGGGGGCGCAGGAUGGACAAAGGACCAGUUCGGGAUCAGACACGGACAUCUAUAGCUUUCACUCGGCUACGGAGCAAGAGGAUUUGCUUUCAGAUAUCCAGCAGGCGAUCCGAUUGCAGCAGCAGCAGCUCCUGGGCUCCGAGGAGCCGUCAGCGCCUCCCAACCUCGUCUCUCCACAGCCCGGAGCUUUCCUGGGCCUGGGUGGAUUCCUGCAAGGGCCGAGCGCCUUGGCCCGCGGGAGCCGGGGAAGCCCCGACACCGAACAGGCGCUGUCGGCGCUCUCGGACCUGCCUGAGAUCCGGGCUGCGGAGCCCUCCGUGCCCCAGCAGCAGCCGGCCUCGGGCUGCGCUCUCACGGCCGCGGCGCCUGGCCUGCCCGGGGCUCAGCCCCCCGUCGCGGACUCGUCCUGGUCCAGCGCCUUUCAGUUCCCCGAGCCGGGGUCAGGAGUCGGCACGACCGGGACCCCAGCGUCAGGGCCUGAGGACACGGAUGAGGAAGACGAGGAUGCCUUUGAAGACGCACCCCGAGGGUCUCCAGGGGAAGAGUGGGGCCUGGAGCCGGCAGAGGCGCUGCAGAGGCCGGAGGAAGAGCCGGAGGAGGGGACGCUGCAGUCCCGCGCCCCCGCCGCCGCCGCCGCCGCCGCCGCCUCCUCGCCCGGCCCGCGGGGCUUCAAACCCUACCCGCUCAUCACCCCCUGCUACAUCAAGACCACCACCCGGCAGCUCAGCUCGCCUAACCACUCUCCGUCGCAGUCCCCCAACCAGAGCCCCCAGAUCCAGAGGCGGCUGGAGUCUUCGCUGAGCCGGGGGCCCAGGGCCGCCCUCGCCUCCGGAGUGGCCCCCGCCGCCGCCAGGAAGCACGCCGAGGAUGGUGGCUUCGCGGGCGGCCUCAGCCGCUCCGCCGACUGGACCGAGGAGCUGGGCUCCCACGCGCCGCGUGCCGGGGGCUCCGCUCACCUGCUGGAGCGCGCCGGGGAUCGUGGCGGGAGGGCGAGCCCCGACGUGGCAGCUAAAGCACCUGGGGCUCAGGAGGUUCCCGAGGGCUUCCAGAACGUGUUCACAGGGCGAACUCUGUUGGAGAAGCUGUUCAGCCAGCAGGAAAACGGGCCUCCAGAAGAAGCAGAGAAGUUUUGCUCUCGGAUCAUUGCCAUGGGUCUUCUUCUUCCUUUUAGUGACUGCUUCAGGGAACCAUGUAAUCAGAAUGUUCAGCCAAGUUCAGCUCCGUUUGAUCAAGAUCAACUUUAUACUUGGGCUGCAGUUAGUCAACCCACACACUCACUGAAUUACACGGAAGGGCAGUUUCCCAGGAGAGAAUCCUCCGUUUGGCCAUCAUCUAAAUCUCCCAGUGAAGAACAGAGACUCAAGGAUACUGAAACAGAAUCUCAGUCGGAUGUUUUGGAAACUCAAAAAAAAUGUUUGGAUACUGUCCAGCAGGAAGGUUUUGACAUGAAGGCUGAGGGACAGGCAACUGUAAUACAGCAACUAGAACAGACCAUUGAGGAUCUGAGGACCAAGAUAGCUGAACUCGAGAAACACCAUCCUGUUGUGGACAUGGAGGUGGCCAAUGGCCUUCAUGGGGUUCAUAAUGGACUAGUACCUUCAGAAGGUGUCACUCUGGAAACUCUUAGGUUAGGAGAAAAGGAUGGACAACAUCAAAAGAUUUUACAGGCAAAGUCAAUCCAGACAUCACCAACAGAAGAGGCUGGAAUACCGACACUGUCUUCUGGUAGUGCACUACCAGCAGGCUCUCCAAGUAUGCCUGGGAAUGAAGACAGAGACACAGCUGUGCCCUCCUCUUCUGGACCUCAGACAAAAUUCUGUUCAGAGAUUUCUUUGAUUGUCUCUCCAAGGCGAAUAUCAGUACAGCUUGAGGCACAUCAGGCCAUUCAGCCUCCAUCAGCGAUGCCCCUUCCUCAGUCUGACGGUCCAGAACUGAAUGGAUCAGAGCAUUCCCAACCUUCUCUUCAGAAUGAGUUUAAAAUCAAGCACGAACACUCUGUUUUCUCCUCCCUUGAAAGCAGCCAUCAUGUACCAUUUGCACCACCUCUGCCUUGCACAGAACCUUCUGGCUCAAUACUUAGCUUGGAGGCAAGCAUGACAGCUCCCCCACCACCUCCCUCUCUCUGUACCACAGGACUUGCUUUGCCUACUACACAAAUCCCCCCACCUCCUCCCCUGCCUGGUACAGAACCACUGCCUCCCGCACCCUUACCUUUGUCUAGUGAGGGAAUACCUCCUCCCCCACCUCUUCCUGGAGUGGGAAUACCUCCUCCCCCACCUCUUCCUGGAGUGGGAAUACCUCCUCCCCCGCCUCUUCCUGGAGCAGAGGGAAUACCUCCUCCCCCGCCUCUUCCUGGAGUGGGAAUACCUCCUCCCCCGCCUCUUCCUGGAGUGGGAAUACCUCCUCCCCCGCCUCUUCCUGGAGUGGGAAUACCUCCUCCCCCGCCUCUUCCUGGAGCAGAGGGAAUACCUCCUCCCCCGCCUCUUCCUGGAGCAGAGGGAAUACCUCCUCCCCCUCCUCUUCCUGGAGUGGGAAUACCUCCUCCCCCGCCUCUUCCUGGAGCAUCAGGAAUACCUCCUCCCCCGCCUCUUCCUGGAAUGGGAAUACCUCCUCCCCCGCCUCUUCCUGGAAUGGGAAUACCUCCUCCCCCUUCCCUACCUGGAGCUGGGAUUCCUCCACCACCCCCAUUGCCAGGUAUGGGGAUUCCAGCUGCUCCUAUUCCCCCCCACCCUCCUGGACCCGGCAUUCCACCACCUCCUCCACCCCCUCUCCUUCCUGGAUCAGGCCCUUCAAUCUCCCCACAAGUUGGGAGCAGCACUUUAUCAGCACCACUAGUGUGUGGAUUUCUUCCUCCUCUGUUGCCAACUGGUUUAUUUGGACUAGGAAUGAGUCAGGAUAAAGCAAGUAGGAAGCAGCCCAUAGAGCCUUGCCGGCCAAUGAAACCUCUUUAUUGGACAAGAAUUCAGCUACAUAGUAAAAGAGACACCAGCACUUCACUUAUUUGGGAAAAAAUUGAAGAGCCGUCCAUAGAUUGUCAUGAAUUUGAGGAAUUAUUUUCCAAAACUGCUGUAAAAGAGAGGAAGAAACCUAUUUCUGACACUAUCACAAAAACCAAGGCUAAACAAGUUGUCAAGCUAUUAAGCAACAAAAGAUCACAAGCUGUGGGAAUAUUAAUGUCUAGUCUUCAUUUAGACAUGAAAGACAUACAACAUGCUGUUGUGAACUUGGACAAUUCUGUGGUUGACCUGGAGACCCUUCAAGCUCUCUAUGAGAAUAGAGCACAAUCAGAUGAGCUGGAAAAAAUUGAAAAACAUGGCCGAUCCUCCAAAGACAAGGAACACGCCAAAUCUCUGGACAAACCUGAACAGUUCCUUUAUGAACUAUCACUAAUCCCCAACUUUUCGGAGAGAGUCUUUUGUAUCCUGUUUCAGUCCACAUUUUCAGAGAGCAUUUGCUCAAUUCGUCGCAAACUGGAAUUGCUACAAAAACUGUGUGAGACAUUAAAAAAUGGCCAAGGAGUUAUGCAGGUUCUGGGUUUGGUCCUUGCCUUUGGAAAUUACAUGAAUGGUGGAAAUAAGACCCGAGGACAGGCAGAUGGUUUUGGAUUAGACAUCCUUCCAAAGCUGAAAGAUGUCAAAAGCAGUGACAAUAGUAGAAGCCUUCUGUCAUAUAUCGUUUCCUAUUAUCUUCGAAAUUUUGAUGAGGAUGCUGGGAAAGAACAGUGUGUCUUUCCACUACCAGAGCCACAGGAUCUUUUUCAAGCCUCACAGAUGAAGUUUGAAGAUUUUCAAAAAGAUCUCAGAAAAUUGAAAAAAGACUUAAAAGCCUGUGAGGUUGAAGCAGGAAAAGUGUACCAAGUAUCCUCGCAAGAAUAUAUUCAGCCUUUCAAAGAAAACAUGGAACAAUUUAUAACUCAAGCUAAAAUUGACCAGGAGACCGAAGAGAACUCACUGACAGAGACUCAUAAAUGCUUUUUGGAGACUACAGCCUAUUUCUUCAUGAAGCCAAAACUUGGUGAAAAGGAGGUCUCGACAAAUGUUUUCUUCAGUAUCUGGCAUGAAUUCAGUUCUGACUUUAAGGACUUUUGGAAAAAAGAGAACAAACUUAUUCUACAAGAGAGAGUUAAAGAAGCUGAAGAGGUGUGUAGGCAGAAGAAAGGAAAAUCACUGUAUAAAAUUAAACCGAGACAUGACUCUGGAAUUAAAGCAAAGAUAAGCAUGAAAACCUGAACAAUAAAAAGUGGAAUGAAAAUGAGUCAUUGUAAGCACUUCACAAUUCAUCUGACUGGAGAGAGGGAAGAAAUAUACAGCAUUUUAAUCAUUUUUCAUCUUGACCUCUUACAUAAACUUUGUGUUUUCUAGAUUGUUGAAUUUCACUGUACAUUCAUAUAAAAAUGCAAAAACAGUAGACAAGUGGAGAGUUUGACACCUUUUCUCUUUGUAAAAGUUUAUGGUAUUAUACCAAUAGACCAAGACAGCAUGGAUAAGAGCAGUAUCUGCAUUAAUUCUGAACAUGCUAAAUUAACAUAAUUCUUAAUUUUAUGAGAAUAAUCCUUAUCAGAGCAACAACAUUUUCCUUUCUACUGACAACCAAUACUCCACAUUACUACAUUUAGACAUAUGAAUAAAAUGUUAUUUCCAGUGAAUUGUUUUUAGCAGUUUGACGUUUCCCUAUACAUUUUCUCUUUUAAAUUUUAAGGGUCAUUUAUAUAUCAUAAUAAAGGCUUUCCCAACUUCUGUGUUUCUCUCCAUAACUCUGUGAUAGAAUAUUGUCUCCUUUCCCCCACAAGUCACAUAAAGUGUAGAAAAUAAUAUAUAGCAAAAGGAAAGUGUUUUUCCUAUUGUUUACUAUAGGUAAAGAUCAAAAUUUUAAAUAAUGAGGAUAUUUUUGUUGGGGUAAAUCCUUUAGCCCAUCAUAAAGCUAGCAGCAAAUGUAAAAUACACUGAAGGUGUUAUCGUCUGUAACUUUAAAAUAUGAUAUAACAUUUGUGAAGGUAUUUGAGUAAAUUGUACUCAUAAAAUUACCAAACAUAUUGCCCCCUCAAAAGGAAAGUUUGGGAAAGAAUUGGUUUCUUCCCUAAACCUACUAAUAAACAUACCUUCCUUAUUUCUUUGACACACUUGAGGUUCUUUAUAUGUUCCAGCAGGUGCUUAAAGCUGUAGAAUUGAAUGUGUAAUCAAUCUGAAUAGGUAUAGGAAAGGAAUUUGUAAAACUUCAAGAUGAAAGAACACAGUAAAUUUAAGCUUAUGAUGCAGUGUGAUGGUUUUGGCUAACAUUAUUUUUUUUAAUUUAUUUUCAUGACAUUUGUUGGGGAUACUGGUUGUGGAUAAAAAAAGAAUUGAUUCAAAGCAAUUAUGGAAAACUACUUACAAAGAUAAAUAAUACUCCAUGUCAUAACUGCAUUUAUAUUUCUGUAUAGUAUGGUCUCUUAGGUUGUUUUAUUUUUGUAGUUUUAAUGCAAAGAAAAGUAGCUGAAUUUUGUUAUUGUUGUUUUAUAGUCUUCCUGUUCCCUUCAUUUCCUCCUAUGUGUAUAUUACCAUUCUUCAAUGAAAUAAUCGGGCAUUUAACAAAGAUCGCUAUGUGCAAUACUAUAUUUAGUGUUUCUAUUUCAAUUUUUCUAAAAUGUUAAUUUAUAUGAAAAAUAAAAUAAAUAAUGAAAGAGUUCA